CUCCCCUCCCCGGGCUCUUCCCGCUGCCUCACCCGGCCCGCCUGUCUGCCUUUUCAGUCUGGCCGGCGGGGGCCGCACGCUCGGCGGUUCAGGCCGUGGGACUGUGGUCACUCCCUUACCAGAAAUUCUUGGCUGGUAAUCGCGAAGCCGACAGGGAGCAAGAGCUGGGAGAACUGGAGAAAACCGCUCUAAUCUGACUUGAUUCUGGCAAGAAGUGGACCCUGCAUCAUAAUAACCAGCAUUUGCAAAGCGGUCUCAGAGGCUCUAGGGUGAUUCGUCUCAUAGAUUCCUCAAGAACUGAGCCCUUUGCAGGACUCAUGCCCCAGCCUGUGCCCCCAUGACCAGGUGGAUAGCACUCCUUGUGCCUGCGACCCAGAACCCUGGCUGACGACUUUAAAGCAGGAUGCUCCAGCAGGUUAAUGGCCACAGUUCAGGCUCUGAUGCCCAUGGCGGGGAAUCCCUCAGAGAAGACCUGCAGGAGUUCCUGAGCGGGGAGGCCCCGCUGCACCAGCUGGAUGACCUCACCAAGGUGAAUCCUGUGACGCUGGAGACAGUCCUGAGGUGUCUGCAGGCCCGGUACAUGGCAGACACGUUCUACACCAGCGCUGGCUGCACCCUGGUGGCUCUGAACCCCUUCAAGCCCAUCCCUCAGCUCUAUUCACCAGACCUGAUGCAAGAGUACCACGCUGCUCCUCAGCCCCAGAAACUGAAGCCCCACAUCUUCACUGUGGGUGAACAGACCUACAGGAAUGUCAAGAGCCUGAUCGAGCCAGUCAACCAGUCUAUUGUCGUCAGUGGAGAGAGUGGUGCUGGAAAGACAUGGACGUCCCGCUGCCUUAUGAAGUUCUACGCUGUGGUGGCCGCGUCACCCACAUCCUGGGAAAAUCACAAGAUUGCAGAGAGGAUCGAACAGCGAAUCUUGAACUCCAACCCUGUCAUGGAAGCUUUCGGGAACGCGUGCACACUGAGGAAUAACAACAGUAGCCGCUUUGGGAAGUUCAUCCAGCUCCAGCUGAACAGGGCCCAGCAGAUGACUGGAGCUGCAGUUCAGACCUACUUGCUAGAGAAGACUCGAGUGGCCUGCCAGGCCUCCAGUGAGAGGAACUUCCACAUCUUCUAUCAGAUCUGCAAAGGAGCCAGUGCAGACGAGAGGCUCCAGUGGCACCUCCCUGAGGGAGCCGCCUUCUCCUGGCUGCCCAACCCAGAGAGGACCUUGGAAGAGGAUUGUUUCGAGGUGACCAGGGAGGCCAUGCUUCAUUUGGGCAUCGAUGCCCCCACCCAGAACAACAUCUUUCAGGUCAGAGGAAAAACCACACCACUGACAUGUGGCAGCGGUGAUGGGCAGCUGUUUGACUGGCUGGUAUCGGUGAUCAACAGCAGCAUCUGUGCGGACCCAGAUUCCUGGACCACUUUCAUAGGCUUGCUGGACGUGUACGGGUUUGAGUCGUUCCCCACCAACAGUCUGGAACAGUUGUGCAUCAACUACGCCAACGAGAAGCUGCAGCAGCACUUCGUGGCUCACUACCUCAGGGCCCAGCAGGAGGAGUACACAGCUGAGGGCCUGGAGUGGUCGACUCUCAGCUACCAGGACAACCAGACCUGUUUGGAUCUCAUCGAGGGGAGCCCCGUCAGCAUCUGCUCCCUCAUAAACGAGGAAUGCCGCCUUAAUCGGCCAAGCAGUGCAGCCCAGCUCCAGACACGCAUUGAGAGUGCCCUGGCAGGCAGCCCCUGCCUGGGCCACAGCAAGCUCAGCCGGGAGCCCAGCUUCAUCGUGGUGCAUUAUGCGGGGUCUGUGCGGUACCACACCGCAGGCCUGGUGGAAAAGAACAAGGACCCCAUCCCCCCUGAGCUGACCAGGCUCCUGCAGCAAUCCCAGGACCCCCUGCUCAAGGUGCUGUUUCCUGCUGACCCUGAAGAGAAGUCCCAGGAGGAGCCCUCUGGCCAGAGCAGGGCCCCUGUAUUGACCGUGGUGUCCAAGUUCAAGGCCUCCCUGGAGCAGCUUCUGCAGGUCCUGCAUAGCACCACACCCCACUACAUUCGCUGCAUCAAGCCCAACAGCCAGGGCCGGGCGCAGAUGUUCCACCAGGAGGAGGUCCUGAGCCAGCUGGAGGCCUGUGGCCUCGUGGAGACCAUCCACAUCAGUGCCGCCGGCUUCCCCAUCCGGGUCUCUCACCGGAACUUCCUGGAGCGGUACAAGUUACUGAGAAGGCUCCGUCCUGGCGCAGCCCCCAGCCCUCAUGGCCCACCUCCAGAUGAAGGGCGCUCAGAAUGGUCUCCACACUCCAAGCAGGCCACGCUGCAAGCCCUCCUCCAGGACAUCCUCCACACUCUGCCAGCCCUGGCUCGGGCACCAGCUGAGGCCACGCCAGCCCCAGUGCACUGUGGCAGGACCAAGGUGUUCAUGACUGACUCCACGCUGGAGCUUCUGGAACGCGGGCGUGCCCAGGUGCUGGAGCAGUGUGCCCGCUGCAUCCAGGGUGGCUGGAGGCGACACUGGGGCCGCAAGCAGGAGAGGCAGAGGCAGGCCGCCGUGCUCAUCCAGGCAGCUGUUCGUUCCUGGUUGACUCGGAAGCACAUCCAGAGGCUGCACGCAGCUGCCACGGUCAUCAAACGCGCGUGGCAGGAGUGGAGAAUUAGAAUGGCCUUCCUUGCUUCUAAAGAACUGGAUGGUGUGGAAGAACAACACUCAUCUCAAGUCACCUGUUCCCCGAGCUCCUUGCCACUGCCCCAGGCACAGGCCAGGCUCCUGGGGGCAGUAACCCGCUUCUGGCCCCUGGGACUGGUCCUGGCCAACGCCGCCGUGGGUGCUUGUGGCUUCCGGAGAAAGCUGGUGGUCUUCGCCUGCCUCCCGCUCCCCGUGGGCAGCCCCAGCAGCUACACUGUCCAGACAGCACAAGAACAAGCUGGAGUCACGUCCAUCCGAGCGCUGCCUCAGGGUUCGAUAAAGUUUCACUGCAGAAAGUCUCCACUGCGCUAUGCUGACAUCUGCCCUGAACCUUCGCCCAACAGUGUUACUGGCUUUAAUCAGAUCCUGCUGGAAAGACACAGGCUGGGCCACGUGUGA